UUGCUGCAGAGACGUGCAUCAGAUCCGCUUUCACACACUUCAUCUGCAUUCACACAUUUACCAGUUCUACUGGACCCGGAGAGAUCGCCUUCGUCUCUUGCAUUCAUUUCCAGAUACCUGCAGUAAUAGAGCAGGCAGCUCGUGCGUGCUUUGUUGUUUUUGUGAGGGCUUGAAUCGCAUCGCAGCAGCGGAUCUGAGACGCGAAAGCCAACGCGAUCUGCUAUGUGUCACAGCGAAGAAAGGCAGUAAAUAAAGGGGACGAGCAAGAUGGUGAUCGUGGCUGCUUUUCAUUUAUCCUCUAAAUGCUUGAAUGCGAUGGCCAUCCCCGCGAUCACGCCCAAGCUCUUUCUGUGGGCUUUUCUAAUCGCCCAUCUUCCUUUGAGCUCUGUCCAGCUGGAAAGUGAUGAUGAUGAAGUGGCGAACAAAACGUGGGUUCUGACUCCCAAAGUGUACGAGAGCGACGUCACACAUAUUUUGAACAGCUUACUAGACGGCUACGAUAACAAGCUGCGGCCAGACAUCGGAGUCAAACCAACGGUGAUCCACACUGACAUGUUUGUCAACAGCAUUGGUCCAGUUAAUGCCAUCAACAUGGAGUACACGAUUGACAUCUUCUUCGCCCAGACGUGGUAUGACAGGCGGCUGAAGUUCAACAGCAGCAUGAAGGUUCUGCGUCUCAACAGCAACAUGGUGGGAAAAAUCUGGAUCCCUGACACGUUUUUCCGCAACUCUAAGAAGGCAGAUGCCCACUGGAUCACCACACCUAAUCGCAUGCUUCGGAUAUGGAACGACGGGCGUAUACUGUACACUUUAAGGUUGACCAUUGAUGCAGAGUGCCAGCUUAAACUGAAUAACUUUCCGAUGGAUGAACAUUCAUGUCCCCUGGAGUUCUCAAGCUAUGGCUACCCCAAGGAGGAGAUUGUAUACAAGUGGAAGCGCAGCUCAGUGGAGGUUGGAGACAUCCGCUCAUGGCGUCUUUACCAGUUCUCCUUUGUUGGCCUGAGAAAUACCACAGAGGUUGUCAGGACUGUGUCAGGAGAUUAUGUGGUUCUGACCGUCUUCUUUGACUUAAGCAGAAGGAUGGGUUAUUUCACCAUCCAGACAUAUAUCCCCUGUACCUUGAUCGUUGUUCUGUCCUGGGUUUCAUUCUGGAUCAACAAGGAUGCAGUGCCAGCCAGAACUUCUUUGGGAAUCACAACUGUGCUUACCAUGACCACUUUGAGUACCAUUGCUAGGAAGUCCUUACCCAAAGUGUCGUACGUCACAGCUAUGGAUCUCUUCGUAUCGGUGUGCUUCAUCUUUGUUUUCGCCGCUCUGAUUGAGUACGGAACGCUCCACUACUUUGUGAGCAACCGCAAGCCCAGCAAAAACAAAGACAAGAGGAAGAAAAAUCCUCUCCUGCGGCUCUUUUCCUCAAAGCAGGCCCCCACUGUGGACAUUCGCCCGCGCUCAGCCACCACAAUCCAGAUGAACAACGCCACCCACAUGCAGGAGCGGGACGAGGAAUACGGCUACGAGUGUCUGGAUGGGAAGGACUGCUCCAGCUUCUUCUGCUGCUUUGAGGACUGUCGCUCAGGAGCGUGGCGGCACGGCCGUUUGCACAUCCGUGUCACUAAGAUAGACUCUUACGCCCGCAUUUUCUUUCCUACUGCAUUUGGUCUAUUCAACGUAGUUUACUGGUUUUCCUAUCUCUAUCUUUAAUUUUUUUUUUUUUUUUAAAUAGGCUGGCCUUAUUUUAUGUUACAGAUUCCAGCAAGACCCUUUCUUGGAAACGUGAACCCACUGAAAACAUUUAAGGUGUAUUGUGUUGUUGUUGUUGUUGUUUUUAAAGCUCAUUUUAGGAUUUUUUUUUUUUUCGUGCAUUUACGUAAUAUGUGAAUUGUUGGUUAGUCUACGUUUACAUCUUUUUCUAGAAAGUAUAUCUUGUGCAUAAAGCAAAAGUUGUAGCAAACAAAAAAAAAAAGUCAGUGAAAACCUGCAUCUGUAAGAUUAUUCCUGAAUCGUGUCGAGCGAAAAGCAGAAGAUCUGAGUACUGCAUGCCUACAUGUCCUUUUAGCCCCUAAAGAGCAAGCACUAAAGAGAUUUUGGGAACCUUCUUCAAAUGCAUGGCUGUCAGGCCUAUACGAGGAAAAAGCAAUCAAACGAAUACUAACAAAUGUGUCAGAGACUUUAUUUGUACAUGCUCUUAUCAUUUGUAAUUAUUUGUGCAUUCUAAAGCGUAAAUGUACAAAUUUAAGUGUUUGAAAUUUCUAUGCCAUUUGUAACCCUGCAGUUUUUCCAUGUGUUGGUCACGGCUGGUAAAAUGUACGGUCACCUGUACAAAUGUUGUAAAUAUAUUAAUACUGUAUAAUGUAGUGAUAUACAUCAUAAUGCAUGCACCUUUUAGGCCAAAAAUUAGCAAAAGUCUUCUAUUGUCAUCAAUUAAUAAAAGGCAAAAAAGAGUCAGGAAAACGUAACUGGAACAGGCAACAUUUUACAACAUUUCUUGCCACUAUUAGAUGUCAGUCAUUUAUACAGUAAAUGCACAAUGAUAUUGUUACAUGUAUAAAUAUUCAAUUUUUUGCAUCAUUUUGGGUAUCGGUAUGAGCCUCCUUUCCAUUCUUUGAUAUAUAACAAAAUUAGUCCUGCUCCUCUUUCAGUUUUAAGUUGCUGGGGUGAGUAUUCUGAUACUACAUACUAUAGUGUACUAUAGUCAUAUUUUACCCUAUUUUAUUAUUAGUGUCUUUAACUAUUAUUUUAUUUUGUUGGAGCUAAGAUGAUUUAAAACUAUCAAAAGUUUUCGUUUACCAGCACCGUCUUAAGUUUUCCAGAAACGUGUAACAGAAUGUUGUCAAACAAAAUGUUUAUAUGCAUUUUUAUUUUUUGUUCAUGUAUUAAUUUGUUGUAAUAAUAAACUGGGCUAAAAACGUAGGAGGAGGGUCGCCAUUGCACUCUAUGCUAUACAUUUCAGUUGACAAACUCUGAGCUUAUUUCAGUGAAUUUAGUAAAUAAUCUGUAGAUGGAUAUGUUAAUGUGUGUUACUCAGCUUCAGCAAAUGACGUGCAUGCAUGUAGUAAAUAUUAUCUAUUUAGAACAUUAACAUGCAUACAUGGGAAACAUAUUACAAACUAACAUUAAUAAAACGUAACGUAAGCAAACUUUCUAUUUUAAUGAACCAUCAACGUCAGAAAUCUCACCCCAGGUUAAGUAUAUGCUUGUGAGUAUAUAAAUAUGUUUGGUGUUGGCCACCGCUGCUCAAGUGUUGUCAUCGAACAAAUAUAUAAGUAAAAAACACCAAAACAAAUGCAACUAAAAUACUGUGGACAAAAAUCUGAGACGUGACAAAGUGAGAGGAUAUUAUCAGACGUUUAGAUCAUUUUGUUCUCCGCUGCUGCAGUUAAAAUCAAUGUUUUUGUUUGUUUUGGUAGCAAAAAUGACAGAUAAGCAAAAUAUUUCUGGUUACAUCAGUAAUACAUAAUCUAGACAUGUAUAAAGUUUGAUUUCCAAUCCCUAUGCAUUAAUCUUCCAGCCGAACAAACCAGCAUACAGUACGCUUUUGCAUUUUGUGGCUGUGUAUGCAUCUUGAUAUUUUUGCAUCAUGCACGUGAGCAUGGUUAAUUUUUGAUUAGUUUAUACUCGUAUUAAAAUUAGAUGUCAUAGGAGUCUUCUGAAAAUCCUCAAUAUCAACUGUG